UUGCGGGCUCAAGGGGCCGCACCUCGAUCGCCUCUUGUCUUGUUCGCUGGUGUGUUGGCGUAGCAUUUUGACUGCGAAGGAAUUUUGACUUUGUCUCCGUAAUAACCGCUUUCGGGGUCACCAGGUGUUGAGAGGACGAUCUUAAUUUCCGUUCAGAGGGUUUUCUCAAAAUGUCUUGGGAUAGUUAUAUUGACAACCUAGUUGCACAGACUAAAGAUGCCUCUGGCACUGCUCAUGCAGAUAAAGCCUGCAUCAUUGGCAUAGAUGGGGGAGCAGCAUGGACCACAAGUGGCCAUGCCUGUGCCUUACAGUUACAAGGCAGUGAGGGUGCAAACAUAGCAAGAUGUUUCAAGGGCAAGGAUUUUUCAGCAUUUAUGUCAGGUGGUAUUCAUGUGGAGGGCACAAAGUACCAAUUCUUGCGUGAAGAAGAUGGGAAGUUAGUUCUGGCAAAGAAGAAAGAGCACGGAGCCAUCACUUUGCAGGCUUCCAAGACAGCAAUUGUCAUAGCUCAUUGUCCAGAGGGAGGUCAGCAAGGCAAUACCAACAAAGGUGUCUCAGUAAUUGCAGAAUACCUCGAAAGCUUGGGCAUGUAACGCAAGGUUAAAUACUGUUAGCACUUUGUAGUUUGUGGUAGAAAUCUGGUCUUCGUUUCUUAACCACAUUACCCAAUUUAUUUUUUUUGUUAUGUUUUCAUUGAGGCCUUGCUGUAGACAAAUUGGAGUUUAUGAAAUCAACUGGUUGCCAAUGAAAUGUUAUGUAGUGUUCUGAUGAUGAUGAUGAUUGCAAUUUAAAGGCCCCCCUUUCAACAGGUUACGAGUUGACAAAAUAUUACAUCGUAAUUAUUGUUUUGAAUAAAGUAGCAAAUAAAUUAGCAUGAUUAAUUAAUGUAGUUGGUUUCAGAAGUGCACCUAUUGUAAUUUGCAAAAGGGUGCACUACCUAAGUAUUUUGUCUCAGGAACUUGCUGUUCAAUUCUAAUAAAUCAAAUUCUUUGAGCUUUUCA